AAACCUGUGUUAUCGAUUCUUAUCAAGAAUUUAUUUGGGUGCGGUUUUCUUAUUCACAAUCAAAUUUAUUCACCCAUAUGACAAGAUUCUUCAUUAAGGCCAAAUUAUAAUUUGUUUGUACAUAAAACACUGUAAUUUUUUCGCCAUUCCAUAUUUAUAUUAUCGACCGAGAACAAAAAUGUGAGGUUAACGUAUCAACAAACAGGGUGACAGUUCUCCUAUUUUUCUAGGUACUAAUUUCUUGAUGUUUUUGUCACGAAUUUUCAAGAAAUCUUUUGAUUAUUAUCGUUUAAACUAUCUCUAGUGAUUUUUCAAACUCACUUUGAGGUUGGACAAUAAUGUGAAAUGCUGAAAAUAGCUUUAAAAUCUUGUGAAAGUGAAGAAAUUGGAUAAUUUUUCAUUGGACGCCAUUUUGACUAGUAUUUUAUCAAAUCUACCACCAAGUGAUGUUCUAGCCCGAAGACGCUAGCCCGAGAGAGAAAGAUGGCCCCGGUUCCCAGACCGGGAAGCCUUAGGGAUCCAGACAUAGCCGAGCUGUUUUACAAGCAUGAUCCCGAGAAGAUCUUCGAGGAUCUCAGGGAGAUCGGUCACGGUUCCUUCGGGGCCGUUUAUUACGCCAGAUGCCUGCUCAGCAAGGAGAUCGUGGCCAUCAAGAAGAUGUCCUUCAUGGGUAAACAGAGCCUGGAGAAAUGGCAGGACAUCAUCAAGGAAAUACGAUUUUUGAAACAGCUCCGGCAUCCGAACACUAUAGAAUAUAAAGGAUGUUACCUGAAGGACAAUACUGCGUGGUUGGUGAUGGAAUAUUGUCUUGGUUCUGCCUCUGAUAUCAUUGAAGUGCACAAGAGGCCACUUAGAGAGGACGAAAUCUCAGCUAUAUGCGAAGGGGUCCUUAGCGGCUUGAAUUAUUUGCAUGGCUUCGGACGUAUACACAGGGAUGUGAAAGCGGGCAACAUACUCCUCACCGAAAACGGUACGGUCAAGCUGGCCGACUUUGGCAGCGCUUCCAUCAAAUGUCCUGCGAACUCUUUUGUUGGCACGCCUUACUGGAUGGCCCCGGAGGUGAUACUGGCCAUGGACGAGGGCCAGUACGACGGCAAGGUGGACGUCUGGUCGUUGGGCAUCACCUGCAUCGAGUUGGCCGAGAGGAAGCCGCCCUAUUUCAACAUGAACGCCAUGUCGGCCCUCUACCACAUCGCGCAGAACGACUCGCCCACGCUGCAGUCCAACGACUGGAGCGACUUCUUCAAGCAUUUCGUCGAGGCCUGCCUACAGAAAUCUCCCAAUCAUCGACUCGCCUCUCAUCAGCUCCUAAACCAUCAAUUCAUCACUAGAAAUAGGUCUCCCAACGUCCUGAUCGACCUCAUUCAACGUACGAAAGCCGCAGUCAGAGAUCUCGACAAUUUAAAUUAUAGAAAAAUGAAGAAGAUCCUGAUGAUCGAUAACUGCGAGAACGAGAGCACCAUCGACGUGGACGACGCGCCCGACGAGCACACCGGCGGCGACAGUUCCAAGAGCAACUCGGUGACGUCCGAGCACAGCGUGCACUCGGUGGGCGUGUCCGCGAGCAGCCAAUCCAGCAGCACCAACAGCCUGCCGGCGGGCGGGGACGACAGGCGCGCCAGGGCCAGCCUGAACCACGCGGCGGCCGCGGCCGUCUCCGAUCACGGCACCAACAAUUUCGCCACCAUCAGAACUACCAGUAUUGUGACGAAGCAGCAGAAGGAGCAUAUGCAGGAGGAGAUGCACGAACAAAUGUCCGGCUAUAAGAGGAUGAGGAAAGAGCAUCAAAGCGCCCUGUGGAAGCUGGAAGAGAAGUGUAAGAUGGAGAUGGAGAGUCAUAAGAACCAGCUGGACAAGGAGUAUGAGAUGUUGCUGAUGUAUUUCAGCAAGGAAUUGGAAAGGAUACAGGCCAAACACAACCAAGAACUGGAGAGACGGCACAAGCAGGCCUUGGCGACGGAGAAGAAAGUGUACAAAGAUAUAACGCUCAGGCAGGAGCAGGAUAAGAAGGCUUUCGACGCGGCCAGGAAAAAGGAAUACAAGGCCAAUAAGGAACGGUGCAAAAGGGAACUGUCGCAAGACGACUCCACGCCAAAGAGACAGAGGGACGUGACGUUACAAAACCACAAGGAGAACUUGAAGCAGGUGGACGCGCAGGAAGAACAGAGGCUGAUUGCCAACCAGAAGGAGUACCUGGAGCUGGAGAUCAGGAAAUUGAAGAGGAAAAAACUUCGCCAACACCACGAGCUGCAGCAGGAGCUGCUGCGUCAGGAGCUGAACAAGAGGCAGUCGCAGCUGGAGAAGGCGCACGAGAUGCUGCUCAGGCACCACGAGAAGACGAAAGAGCUGGAGUAUAAGCAGCAGAAGGCGGUGCAUAUGCUGAGGGAGGAGCAGGUGAGGAAUCAGCAUGAUACGGAAUUGGCGAAUCAGCAAGAGUACAUGAAGCGGUCGGAGAGAGAGCUAAGGAAGAAGCACGCCAUGGAGUUGAAGCAGCAGCCCAAAUCGUUGAAGCAAAAGGAGAUGAUGGUGCGGAAGCAGUUCAGGGAGACGUGCAAGGUGCAGACCAAGCAGUACAAGCUCCUCAAGGCGCAGCUGUUGGCCUGUACACCGAAGGAAGAGCAGAAGGCCGUCAUUAAGAAGUUGAAGGAGGAGCAGAGGAGGAAGCUGGCCCUGCUGGGCGAUCAGUACGAACAGAGCAUCGCGGAGAUGUUGCAGAAGCAGUGCAUACGUCUGGACGAGAGCCAGGAGCUGGAGUGCCAAAACAUGAAGGAACGUCUCAAUUACGAGUUGGAGAUACUGAUGGCCUACCAGAGCAAGAACAAGAUGCAGGCUCAGGCGCAACGCGAGAGGGAGAGAAAGGAGCUCGAGGACAGGGUGGCCUUGCGGAAAGAAUUGCUGACUCAGAAGAUGAACGUCGAGACGCAGACGUUUCUGGACGAACGCGCAGAGAGGAUAAGGAUACUGCACCAGCAGCAGGAGCAGGAAAUGGCCAUAUUUGAUGAGGAGUCUGUUAGGUUGGGGUUCAACGCCUUGGCGAUAGCAGAAUUAUCAAGGGAAACCUACGAUGACGAGUCCAGUUUGUCGGGUUCUAUGCUUAGUUUAGCGCAUUCCAAUAGUUCAACCAGUUUUCCUCCAAACUCAGUUUAGUAAGAAUUAAAAGAAGAGAAAAAAAUAGCGUUCAAUGAUUAUUAUUAUUCUUGUCACGACCAAUACCGCAUGCAAGGAAGAACGAACAAAAUGCAAUAUAUAAAGUUUCUGUUGUGAUAAUUUUCGAGACAAUUAGUUUAAUUUACCUUCGAGUAAGACCAUUUAGAAUGAUCCGAUUCAAUUUGUUGUUCUCGUUUAUGUUAUAUGAAUAUAUUUACAAAUUUUAUCCACUUUACAGUUCGUAGUUACCAUUUAAUAUUCUCAAUUAUUCGAUAGUAAUUUAAUGCGUAUCUUUAUUUUUUUUUUCAUUCAGUAUGAACUGGUGGAGAUGAUUAAUUGAUAUUUGAAUUGGCUCCUUGUUUUGUAUUGAUCGUUACAAUAUUUGUACAUAGCCUAAUUUAGAUUAAAAUUGAUAGAAGAACGUAAAUGACUAAUUGUAAUAUAUAUAUUUAUAUAUAUAUAUAUUAUAUAUAUAUAUUGGUUUAUACCAUUUUAUUAAUUUUUUUUUAAUCCUAUAAAAACUUCCACUUCAAAAGUCACGAUGAUUAAUUUAACGACUUUAUUGUUCGGGUAAUAAUUGUUUUACUUCGAUAAAAUGCUCAAAGUUUAAUUCUGAAGAAAAAAAAUUAGGGUUCUGGGUGUUGAAUUGAGUUUCAUCAUUUUCUCAAUUAGAUAGCUAAUUUUUGGUAAUUUUUUGGAUGGUCUGAGAAAUUCUUGAGUAGACUCGCAGUGUUUGCAUAGGUUCGAAACGAAAUGACAGUAAUAUGGAUAAGAAAUCGAGUUAACUUGGUUAAGCGAAAAAGUUAUUAGGAUGUAUAAGUGUAAAAAUGUCUAGGGGAAAAUGGAGGUAUACCGAAAGAUGAUUUGUAACAGUGAUUGUAUGUGUCUUUGUCUUGUCGACGGGGAAUUGGUACAUUUCGAUUAAUCCCACUUAAUUAUUCGGUUCACAUACUUUUAGACCAUCCUUCUUGAAACGAACAUUAAACUUGCCGAUUUUGAAGACUAGAAAUGCCAAAUUGUCGAUUCUAAAACUAGUGAUCCUCAAGUUAUUCAUUCCGAUGUCCGGGAGUAUUAGAUUAAAUAGGUACGGAAAGUGAUUUCAGGGAUUUGUCGGAUAAUUUCGAAGUUUCCUAAGCAAAAAACGCAACUAAUACAGACAGAAGAGCUUUUGAUAUUCCGUAGACUGCCUUAAACGAAAAAUCUCUAAAGGAUUCGAAUGAAUUCAGUUCAAUCGAAACGAUGUUCUGUUAGUGCUAUUUCACAUUUUUAUCGUUUCAUUUUUUUAUGAACAGUCUAGUCAAGGUCUUGAAAACGAGACCUUUCGGGUUGAUUUCAAUUGAAAUAUGGCCAGGGUAGGAAAAAUAAUUAAUGAUGGAAUAUAAAAACUUUUAAAAUAGUAUUAAGAUUCAAAAAGUAGCCGUUUUCUAUUUCGAAAUGUGUUCUUUAACAGUUGUUAAGCAGCAGUCGUGAUUCUGUUGCAUCAUCCCCAAGUCAUCUAGUCAGCAUCCUUGAUCGUUGAACCUUCGUUCAUAUUUCAAAUCCCAUCGAUCCGAAUUUUUGGGUAGACUAAAAUGAAGCAUUUUCAACGGGUUGUUCGGUUGAAAAACAUGACAAAAAAAAGUUCUAACUUCGUGCAAUUCGAAAGGAAAAAAAAUGUUGAUUGUCCUCAUCACAGUUUCUUUUUAUUGUGAUAAUUGUAAAUAAAUUAAUUAUUUCGAGAAGUGCAAAGGUCGAUUCUGAAACCGCAUACAUGUUUCCGGUGUGUUAAAUUUCGAAACGCAAUAACUUCGUUGUUACUUAAAUAUUGAACUUAACCUUUUGCAUUUCUCCGAAUAUUGUCGAGAAAUUUUUGAUAUUAUACAAUAUUAUAGUUCAAAUCUUCUAUGUAAAAUAAUACUUGUAUAUUUUUGUUGUCAUUUUUCUAUAGUGUAUGUUAUAAUUGAUUUUACAAGACAUGAUGUGACACCCUGUAUCGCUUAGAGCAAACGCGAAAAGUAUCAUUGAAACUGCAAAUUAUUAAAUAUAAACUUCCAAAUGUCCGAAUGAGGCGUUGCACGAAUUUACCGUAACAAGAUUCUAAUAUUUUACAGUGUAUAAUGUUAUCACAAUUGAAAAUAGUAUUUAUUUGAAGGGUGGCAUGGGAUAAGGUAUCUGUUGUGUAAACAAUUGAAUGAAUUGUUAGUAAAGACUUUCUGCAAAUUUCUGAAUUUUAUUCCAUUUAGAAAUCGCUCCUCCUAGAAUUCUUCGAAAUGGAAAAACCUCAAUAGAAGACAGAAUCAAUAAAAUGGAAAGGAUUAAAAUUUAAGAAAUUACACAGAACGUUUUCUCCAAGAAAAUUACCUUAUUUGUAUAAAAUUUCCUCCUCAAGCUUUAUUCGAACUAACAUUUAGUGAGAUAAUCAUUUUUUUCAAAGUGAAAGAAGCUUCAUGCAACAAUUCAAUCUGUAUAAGAAUAAUGAGAUAACAUUGUAUAUAUUUUACCAAUAUCAUCAUAAAAACUACCACUGUUCAAAUAAGGGAAUAAGUGUUGAGUGCAUUGUAAAUUGAGAAAAUUGUAUAGCAAUGUUAUGAAAGCAACGAUUACUUUAUUUAUUUUGCAGUAGCAACUACGCAUAGUGUUACUUCAACUGUAUUUUAUACGUAAAUAAAAAUUUUCGCUUUAA